ACGGUAGCCAGGCGGCGGUGCGAUGCUACCUACUACCUACCUCCAGCGCUCCGGGGGCCCCUUUUCGACAUCAAGCGGGACCUCCCACCGGCGCUGCAGGCUGAUCCGCGCGCGCAUCUUAGGUAUCUUCCCUCCUACCAGUUCUCUCGGGGUCCUCUCGCACGAUCACGACGCCCGGGGCUCGACAACGUCCGAGCGCUAUUAGACAACGACAAUCUCCCACUCUCUGCCGAGGACUACUAGCCCCGCGUCGUUCCACGCCCGCGCGCCGCCGCCGCCGCCGCCGCCAGCUGCAAGAUGACUUACGUCAACGCCGCAAGCAUGUCCGCCGUAGGGGUGCUAUUCCCCGUCCUCGCCGUCCUCGCGCUCGCGGUGCGAGUCUACGGGUGGCGGUACCACAGCCCGAUCUUCGAGGUCGACGACGUCCUGGUUAUCCCGGCAUGUGCUCUGACCGUGGCCGCCGGCGUGGCUUUGGUCAUAAGAACACAAACGCACCUCAUCGGCGCGAACUCCCAAGCAGAGAGUACGGCAGCAGAGUCCCUGAAGCUCGGAAAGUUCGAGUACGCCCUCUGGAUAGGCCACGUCCUAGCCAUCGGGCUUAUCAAGUUGACCAUCCUGUUCAUGUUCCGCCGGCUUUUCAAAGGUCGCGCGUACAGGACAGCCUUCGACUAUGCAAACUGGAUCCUCGUAACCCUUGUCGCGCUCUGGACCGUGGCAUUCCUCUUCUUAGACAUAUUCGCGUGCGGCGCCACCCCGUCCGCGAGCUGGGAAAGCUGGAACUCGCUCAGGAACGCCUGCAUCGACACCUUUGGGAUGCAGACUGGGUGCGCCGUCUUCAGCUGGGUCCUCGACCUUGCCAUCUUCGUCGAGCCGCUCGUCAUGAUCCGGACGCUCAAUAUGAAUAAGAAGCGGAAGAUCCAAACAUCUCUCGUCUUCCUGUGCAGUGGCUUCGCCGUCGUUGCGGGACUCUUGAGAAUGAUUCUCUGGAUCCAAGCAACUAUCCAGGACAUUACGCGUUCGAUCAUCACAGUCCUCGGCACGACGUUCCCAAUAUCCGACCAACAAGGUAUCAUCUCCGUUGUACUCUUCUGGACCUACAUCGAGAUCGGGAUAGGCUUUCUUGUCGCGUGUGUUCCUCGGAGCGCGUGGGUUUUGGACAAGGUGUCCCUCGGCCCGGUCCUGUCCAAACUCCGCCUGCUCCCGUCCAGUGUCUCCUUACUGACGAAGAAGUACCGCCGCUCGCCCCGUGGGGGGAAGGAUGAUAUGGGACAAACUCAAGGUUCCUGGGCGACAACGCUUCAGCCCGAGCCGUCGUGGGGCCAUCGCUCUAACGACGACGUGGGGCUGGUUGCCGUGAAUGGGCGCGUCUAAGAACGGUUUCAUCCGGUAAAAUUCUACCCGGCGGGUUGGACUUGGCGCCUCGUUGCUACUAUUCGCGUCUUGCCUAGUCCAGCGUAUGUUGUCAUGUUGACUGAGGUAAAAAGGGGAUGUUCAGGUGCGACACCCCAAAAGUGCACACACCCUUUGGCACGUCCCGAGAAUUGGAUUACAUACCUAGUUAUAUUAUCUUCUGUCACGUAGAGGUGGCUCCUUAGGUUGCUC